GUUGGAUGUAGACUUUUAUAGCUUUAUUACAGCUUUCUAAUUUGUUACUGUGUUAUUUGUCAUCAUCAUCUCUCUUAUUGUCAUCUUCCCUGUCUUCAUCAGCAUCCUCUUCCACGUCUUCAUCAACUACUGAAGGUUCUGCUGUUCGGAGCCGUUCUCCAGGAUGUAUUUGGAGAACCAGACCAAACGGGAGAUAGAGAUGUCGCAGGCGGUCACACAGAGCCACCAGGGCAGGAGUGGUCACAGAACAUCCGAUGCGGUCGCUGGGAACUUCGACGAGCCGCGACUGCUCAAGAGCUUCUCAGAGAUGAUGGAGACCCAGAAGCUUCAGCAGGCCGUGGCGGCGGGCGCCCCCGGCCACUGCGUCAUCUACGCCGAAGACUUCGGCCCCGUAAGAGAGGAGGAAAGGCACAACUUCAGCGUAAUUAAAUUCCUCAAGGGCAAAUCCAAACAUGGAGCUCACACAGAGAACUCUCCGCUCCUCAACUUCUCUCCGGAUGACAGCAUCACGUACAUGACCCUGCAUGACUCUGGCUUCUCCAUGGAGGAGGAGUCCUGGGACGGCAGCUCUCAGGAGCUGGAGAGGAGGUGCCGCCUGGGAAGUGAGGUGGCCAGCCUAUCCCGCUCCUCCUCCACAGAGAAGUAUGACCCCUUGGACAACCUCCACCUGAACUUCACCCUCUCCAGCCGGAUAAGAUAUUGCUUGAGGAUUUUCAAAAUUACCAGUAUAUUUGCCAUUGUUAUUCUCUGCUCACUCUUCUUCAGUAUGUAUCCAGACCAUGAGAACCCCUGGCAAAUGCUAACGGUCUCACCGACGGAGAGCUUCUCCAUGAACCUGACGGACUUCCGAGACAACGCCCUCCUGAAGCUACAGGUGGGUGGACCAUUUGAGGGCCGGGUGUCAGAGAGUGGCUCUGGGGACUUCAUCCUGAUCCAGGUGGAGCAGACAGAGGACAUGGGCCUGAGGAGGAGGCGUCCUCAGCAGGUAAUACACAACUGGACAAUACCAUUACACUCCCAAAGGAAUGACCAGAUAAUGACAUCCAGAACCUUUGAGAUGCUAAGCAGUGCCCCCAUUCUGAUAACUGCGCAGGUUUUUCCGCGGGAUGCCCAGGUGGUCCCCCUCACCAUGACUCACCAGGCCCUCUACGUCAACGUGGAGACGCAGGUCAUCAUCGCCGGUGUGAUCCUGGCGGGGGUCUACGUCCUCAUUAUCUUUGAGAUUGUUCACCGGACUCUGGCUGCUAUGCUGGGAUCUCUGGCUGCGUUGGCUGCCCUGUCCAUCAUUGGUGAUAGGCCGAGUCUAAUGACAGUUGUGGAGUGGAUUGACUAUGAAACACUGGCAUUGUUGUUUGGCAUGAUGAUUUUGGUGGCCAUAUUUUCAGAAACUGGAUUCUUUGAUUACUGUGCAGUAAAGGCCUACCAGCUGUCCAGGGGAAGAGUAUGGCCGAUGAUCAUAAUCCUCUGCCUCAUUGCGGCCAUUUUGUCAGCUUUCCUGGACAAUGUGACAACCAUGAUGCUUUUCACCCCAGUUACUAUAAGGUUGUGUGAGGUACUUAAUCUGGACCCCAGACAUGUCCUGAUUGCGGAAGUAAUCUUCACAAACAUCGGAGGGGCCGCUACUGCUGUCGGAGAUCCGCCAAACGUGAUCAUCGUCUCCAACCAGGACCUGCGCAGGAACGGGAUUGACUUUGCGGCUUUCACCGGCUACAUGUUCCUGGGUAUCUGCCUUGUCCUCCUCAUGUCCUUUCCCUUGCUGAGGAUGCUCUACUGGAACAAGAAACUCUACAACAAGGAGCCCAUGGAGAUAGUGGAACUGAAGCACGAGAUUCUUGUGUGGAGACAGACAGCCCAGCGCAUCAACCCAGCUAGCCGGGAGGAGACAGCCGUCAAAUGCCUCCUGAUGCAGAAGGUUCUCAAUCUGGAGAGUCUCCUACGAAAGCAACUGAGAACAUUCCAGAGGCAAAUUUCACAAGAAGACAAAAACUGGGAGAACAACAUUCAGGAGUUGCAGAAAAAGCACCGAAUAACAGACAAAAUCCUGUUGAUAAAAUGCAUCACUGUCCUUGGAAUAGUCAUCUUCAUGUUCUUCCUCAACUCCUUUGUUCCUGGGAUACAUCUUGACCUCGGCUGGAUUGCCAUUCUUGGGGCCCUCUGGCUGCUGGUCUUGGCUGACAUCCAGGACUUUGAGAUCAUCCUUCACAGGGUGGAGUGGGCCACCCUCCUGUUCUUCGCUGCACUCUUUGUCCUAAUGGAGGCAUUGGCCCAACUUCAGCUCAUUGAUUACAUUGGUGCACAGACAGCUUUGUUGAUAAAGUCUGUGCCGGAGGAGCAGCGCCUGGCUGUCGCUAUCAUUCUGGUGAUGUGGGUUUCUGCUCUGGCCUCCUCGCUCAUCGAUAACAUCCCCUUCACUGCCACCAUGAUCCCUGUUCUGCUCAACCUGAGCCAAGAUGCCGAUGUGAACCUGCCAGUCAAGCCUCUCAUCUUUGCCUUAGCCAUGGGGGCGUGUCUUGGAGGAAAUGGAACGCUUAUUGGUGCAUCCGCUAAUGUGGUAUGUGCAGGGAUAGCUGAGCAGCACGGCUAUGGAUUCUCCUUCAUGGAAUUUUUCAGGCUGGGAUUCCCGAUGAUGCUCAUGACUUGCACAAUAGGCAUGUGCUACCUGCUGGCCACCCACAUUGGGCUUGGCUGGAACCUAACCUAAGGGCCUCCCAUCUUGGAUUCAAAGAGACUCUGUUCUUGCUGCAGUCUCUGUGACUAUGGGGAAAGGAGACUGUUCCAUUACAGAACACUUAAGAUGCAGCUCUGCGAGAUUUUGAGUACAGCUCAAGUCCAACCUCUCUACCACAUUUCAGGUGCACCUACAGCACAAUAAAGCAGCCAAACACAUCAAAGUGAUGAGAAAAACAAAGAACUAAAACAAGGGAAUAGAUGAUGGUCUACUCCGUCCUGGAAUUUUGUGCCAUCAGGUGCCACUGCUUCCGUUUGUUUUUGGAGGGUGGGAGCUUUUUAUUCCCUGUGGUAUGUUUGUUUACAUUUGCCAUCAAAAGCCACUGACAUACCUUAUUUUUAAGUGUUGCAAAUAUAAGCUGUAAAUUACAGUUGGCGCAGAACAGUAUUUUUAAAUUAAGCAUGUUUUGGGAGGUGAAAUAUCAAUUUAUUUUGCAUUUUAAAAAAGGUGCCAUAAACCAUACUGAAAGGGAUGUUAGCAUAUGCCCGGCCCCAUUCUCUGUAAGUAGCGGUGACAAAUUUGUCUAUGAAAAAGUCAAAUAUUUGACAAAAGCCUAAAUCUUAGUAUGGCUAUUUUCCAUAUUGUGUACUUUGCAUUACCAAAACUAACACAACUAAUAUACUGUUAUAGACUGUAAGAGGAAACUGAUUUGACUCCCAUUUUUUAUCGAAAUAUUAAAUAUUGAAUAUCAAAUAUUAAAUAUUGUAGUCUCAUAUUUACCCUUCAUAUUAUUCUGAAGAUUAUAAUAAACCUAAAGUAAUGAACCUAAAAAAUGAGAUGGGAGUGCAAACCUAUUUAUCGGUUUCCCCAGAAACUAUUUUGUAUUCAUCAAACUACAGAGUUAUUUAUUUUGUCCUAAAUGAAUUUGCUGAAUACGAUUAACUGUUCCAACUGAGCUCAU